GGCCUGUGUGCAGCCAAAUAGCUAUACGACCAUGCCGUAUAUCAGGAAGAAACCUUCUUGCACUGGGACUACCGCUCUCAUGGUGAACGAGCGAAAGUGCUCAUACUUUUGACUUAUCGUGAAGGGCGACAGGGGUGACUAGCGUCGUGCGCACGGGCGUUUGCCCAAAGACCCCUCCUUCUCGCGAAUUUGUACACAACACCACAAACACCGACAUUCUCGACAGAAAGCUUGCGUUCCAGCAGACCGGACCGCACGACAUAUCAAUCUCACCCGACUAUCGUCCAAAGACUAGCAAACAUGGCGGAAGAAGAGAAGAAGGUGGACGCCACUGCGGAGACGAAGACGGAGGACAAGAGCGUCACCGAGAAGGCAUCUGACGCUGCAACGGCUGCCAAGGACAACGUCUUCAGCAUGUUCGGUGGUGGACCCAAGAAGGAGGCCAAGAAGGAUGAUGAGGAAGCGGAGAACGACCGCUCAGGCAGCUCCAAGGCGCAGAAGGAUAAGGAAGCCGCCGAGAAGGAUGACGACGACGAGGACAAGGCCGACGAAGAGGAGGCCGAUGCACACUUCGAGCCAGUCGUCCAUCUCACCGAGAAGGUUGAGACCAAGACAAACGAGGAGGCCGAGGAACAGACAUUCAAGAUGCGCGCAAAGCUCUUCAAGUUCGAUCGUGAGAGCCGAGAGUGGAAGGAGCGCGGCACUGGCGACGUCCGACUCCUCAAGCACAAGGAGAACGGCAAGACUCGUCUGGUUAUGAGACGCGACAAGACUCUCAAGGUCUGCGCCAACCACUACAUCGUCCCGGACAUGAAGCUCUCUCCAAACGUUGGCAGCGACCGCAGCUGGGUAUGGAACGCUGCAGCUGAUGUUUCGGAGGGUGAGCCAGAAGCUUGCACCUUGGCCAUCCGUUUCGGCAACCCAGAGAAUGCGAACUUGUUCAAGGAAGCUUUCAUCAAGGCUCAGCAAGAGAACGAGGCCAUCUUCGGCAAGAGCGAUGCGUAGAAAUAGUCCUAAACUAUGACCUCUUCGAAGGCUGUACGCCACAGGCUUCUGGCCGGGUCAUUGCUGCCAACCACUUUGACCAACGCCAAGGGACAGUGAUAAAGCGCCUGUGUGUCCAAGUCCUAUUCACAGGCUGAAGCACGACGCUGCGCCACCUCAUUUUAUCUGGGCGUUCCGUACUGCGAUCAAUGAUCGAUACCCUCAACACAAAAUGCACAGAUCCCCCGCGCGGCAUUGUAUAUGCACAACGCGCUCCCAGAAUGAGCGGAAAGCCGUUCAUGAAAGCAUUGUCACAGACAGAAAGCAAGUUAGAUAGACUCACAUGCAUGAACCACCAUUCUCCAACGAUCGCAGGUUGUG